AGUCGCCGCCUCUGCCUCAGUUGUGCGAUUUUAAGCGAAGCGAACAGACCAGCUAGCAUGUUGGCGAGUCAAAAGUUAGCGUCAAGGUGUCUGCGCUGCCUCGUGCGCUGCAAGAGCACCACCAGCAUUGGCAGUGGCAGCAACUCCAGCAGGGCUAAGGCCUCCGUGGUGGCCGAACAGAGUCUGGGCAUCAUUGGGGUGCCGUUUGCCAAGGGCCAGGGCAAACAGGGCGUUGAGCUAGCGCCGGAUCUGCUGCGCCAGAGCAAUCUGCGACAAGUGCUUCAGAGCAGUCACGAUGGACUUGUGAUCCGGGACUAUGGUAACCUGCAGUAUGCCGUCGAUGAGACACUGUUGCAGCAGCAGCGCGUCCACUAUCAUCACAUCCGCAACUAUGCCGACUUCAUGGCCUGCAAUCGGGCCCUGAUCGAGCAGGUGAAGCUUAUGCUGCAGCAGAAUUCGCAGUUUCUGGCCAUUGGCGGUGACCAUGCCAUCGGUUUCGGCUCUGUGGCCGGUCAUCUGCAGCAUACACCCAAUCUGUCUCUGGUGUGGAUCGAUGCGCAUGCGGAUAUCAAUCUGCACAGCACCUCGCAGUCGGGAAAUAUACAUGGAAUGCCUGUCUCCUUUUUGCUGGAGCAGCUUCGCACAACCUGGCAGCAUGCGGGCCUCAACGAGAUCGCUCCCAACUGUUUGCCGAAGGAUCAGUUGGUUUACAUUGGGCUGAGGGACAUUGACCCCUACGAGGCGUUCAUAUUGAAUAAAUUUGGGAUACGCUACUAUGCCAUGGAUACAAUCGAUCGCGUGGGUGUGCCGAAAAUCAUCGAGAUGACUCUGGAUGCAUUGAAUCCACAGAAUAAGAUCCACGUCAGCUUCGACAUUGAUGCGCUGGACAGCAAUGUGGCGCCCAGCACCGGCACUGCCGUUCGCGGCGGCCUCACGCUGCGAGAGGGCAUCAGCAUUGUGGAGGCGCUGCGGGACACCAAGAGGGUGCAGGGCGUCGACCUGGUGGAGAUCAAUCCAAAGCUGGGCAAUGAGCGGGAUGUGCGCACUACCGUCGAAUCGGGCCUGGAGAUCCUCAAAAGCAUGUUCGGUUAUCGCCGCUCCGGCCACUGGAGCAACAUCGAUACCGGCAUCCUGGGAAGCGAUUGAGGGCAAGCAUCCAUUCACCAUGAACUAAUUAAUAUCUACAUACGGUUUACAAUAAUAAAUGUUUCAUAUUUCGUU